AUGUUGUCGGCGAAGUCGUUCGUGGGCAGCGCGACGCCCCUGCGGGCUGCCGUGCCUUCGGGCGCGUCGCAGGCCGUCAACCGGCGGUGCGUGACGGCGAUGGCGAAGAAGAAGGGCAUCCGGGUGAUCAUCACUCUCGAGUGCACGGAGGCGAAGGAGGCCGGCGCCACCCCCUCGCGCUACACGACCCAGAAGUCGCGGAAGAACACCCCGGACAGGCUAGAGAUCAUGAAGUACAACCCGUACCUGCGCCGCCACACGCUCCACCGGGAGCUCAAGAAGUAA